GCCGCCUUGACGGACGUCUGUCUCGGGACUGCGGUGAUAAACAAAAACACGCAGCGAGGACGUCACAUUCUCCGGCUUGACUUUCAGCCGCGCCUCCCGCUCCCCUUCCUGUCUGCCCGGCCUGCGUUUUUGACAUCGGAAGCGGGACGUCACCUGAAACCGUAUCGGUUUAAAGAAGCGUCCUUCGGCUUCCCCCAGCACUUGAAGGUCCCUGCCCGCGGGGCGGCGACAGCAGCAGCAGCGGCAGCGGCAUGACCGAGCUCCGGCGGCGAGGCGGCGGCGGAGAGGACCCGGACGGCACCGACAACAUCAGCGACAAAGAAGGCGAUGACAGGCUGGGCCUGCAAGGCGACACGGAGGGCGAAUGCGACGUGGACACCAAGGCGGACACUCCCGAUGUUCCGGCAUCCACCGCGGACACGGACAACACUCCACAGUGUCUGAACAAGGCCCUGGAAGGCCUGCCCCCCAGAUGGAAGAACUACUGGAUACGAGGAGUUCUGUCCAUCGCCAUGAUUUCUGGCUUUUUCCUCAUCAUCUACAUGGGACCCAUCGCUCUCAUUUUGAUAGUGAUGACGGUCCAAAUCAAGUGUUUCCAGGAAAUCAUCACCAUCGGUUACAAGGUUUAUCGAUCCUAUGACCUGCCCUGGUUCCGGACGCUCAGCUGGUACUUCCUGGUCUGCGUCAACUACUUCUUCUACGGCGAGACGCUCGCCGACUACUUUGGCGCCCUGGUGCAGAGGGAGGAGCCUCUGCAGUUCCUGUCGCGCUACCACCGCUUCAUCUCAUUCGCUCUUUACCUGGCAGGUUUCUGCAUGUUUGUGCUGAGUUUAGUGAAGAAACAUUACCGCCUGCAGUUUUAUAUGUUUGCUUGGACCCAUGUGACGCUGUUGAUUGUGGUAACUCAGUCGCACCUUGUCAUUCAGAACCUGUUUGAAGGGAUGAUCUGGUUCAUCGUGCCCAUCUCCAUCGUCAUCUGCAACGACAUCGGCGCCUAUCUGUUUGGCUUCUUCUUCGGACGGACGCCACUCAUCAAGCUGUCCCCGAAGAAGACGUGGGAGGGCUUCAUUGGAGGCUACUUCUCCACCGUGAUCUUUGGCUUCAUUCUGGCGUACCUGCUGUCUCAGUUCCAGUACUUUGUGUGCCCGGUGGGCUUCAGCAGCGACACCAACAGCUUUGUGGUGGAAUGUGAACCCUCCGAGCUGUUUGUCCUGCAGGAGUAUACGCUGCCCGCCAUCCUCGGGAACAUGCUACCAUGGAGGACGGUGACCUUGUACCCUUUCCAGAUCCACAGCAUCUUCCUGUCGUCCUUCGCCUCGCUCAUCGGGCCUUUCGGCGGCUUCUUCGCCAGCGGCUUCAAACGCGCCUUCAAGAUCAAGGACUUUGCCAGCACCAUCCCGGGCCACGGGGGCAUCAUGGACCGCUUCGACUGUCAGUACCUGAUGGCCACCUUCACGCACGUCUACAUCGGCAGCUUCAUCAGGGGUCCCAACCCGAGCAAAGUGAUGCAGCAGCUGCUGAUGCUGCAGCCCCAGCAGCAGCUGAGCAUCUUCAACACGCUGACGUCACACCUGAGGGAGCGCGGCCUGCUGCCCCCCCCGGCCUGAGUGUGUGUGCAGGGGGGGGGGGUGAGUGUGUGAUUACGAAAAUACGUACACACACACACACACACACAGACGAGCUCCAUCCUUCAUGCAACUUUAAACAUACGCUAACCGCUAAAGGAAAAGCACCAGUGUUUCCCACAGGACUGCAAUCUAUCUGUGGCUGGGGGAGGAGUUUGGCCACUUGCCAACAGCGACUCAUUUUAAACCAAUCAAACAAAUACAUGAAGGCAUGGGAAACAUGGCUGCAUGAUACCAAAAAAAAAAAAAAAAAACACUACAAGAAGGAGAAAUUUGUUCCACUUGGAGCGGCACCCAAAGGCGGACCCCCCCCCCAACUUACCCACCCCCAUGUGGACAAACCUUGCACUGAUCUGCCGUGAACAAAGCGGACUCUUGAAGCUUCUUUCACCAGCACAGUGGGGAAAAAAAAAAGACGUCACGCUAACUAGCUAACUAGCUAACUAGCUAACUAGCUUCCUAGCGCCUUCAUCCAGUCAAACCCAAAUAGAAGCUCUAUAUUGUACAUAAUAAUAUAUAGCUACAAAUGAUAUAUGCAAAUAUAGAUAUAUAUAUAUAUAUAGUAGUAUAUAAUAGUAGCUAGCAUGGACACAUUUAGUGGAUUGAAUUAGUACCUUUUACGGGAUUAGAAGGUUAGGUAUACUAUAUUUCUGCGAGUAUUUGCUCUGACGUGCGUGAGCGCAGUUAAAUAAAGUUAAUUCAACUUUAGAUGCAAUAAGUGAGCAUGUUCUGCACAGGGUCAAAACCCCCAACAACAAAAAAAAACAAAAACAAAACAAUGCUAGCAACUAGCGCAGACGUAGAGGAGGACGUCUAAGGUAAUAUUUUGAAACUAGGUUAGAAUCCACUUGUAACGCCACUUUGCGCCACAAGAGGCGCUCGUUAGCAUCGGCUAUGCGGGGGCGUGCCGUAACGCCGCUUUGUCAGCGUUGUACUACUGAACCCCCCCCCCCCCCGCUAACGAUGCUAGUUGCACUGUCGUCUUCCAACGCCACUUUAGACGCUUUUAUGCAUAAAGUUAUUCUAUUUGAAAGAAUGUAGUUUGUGGGCGGGGCUUCGGGGGUGAGACUGUUUACCAAAGCGCCCCCCCCCCCCCCCCACCCCCCCAGUGGACAAAAACGAAACAAGCUAGGAAUGGAAAGUUUUGCACCUCCUCCAUUUGGACCUGCUUCUUUCUCGACUGGGAUGGGCUGAGGGGCUUUUAUUGUGAAAGGAAGGGCGCCAGUUGCCCUUCCUGUCAGGACUGUCAGACUUUUGGUUUUAUUUCAAACCGCUUUUUAUUUAUCAUUGUGUAAGACCAUGUCCUUUUGAAUUGAGCAGUGAUGAUGAUGAAUGUGGAGGGGCCCGCUGUCGACUGGACAGAGGCGAAUAAAGUUUUUUUUGUCUGUAAA